AUGCCGACGGUGAUCGCGAAGACGGGCGGCACGUACGUCGGCCAGGACGGCACGUUCGCCACGGUGCUUGCCGCCAAAAUGAACGCCACGCCGGUUUACAUUUCCGAGCCGUCGGCCAACGGUAAGAUCCAUUACGGGUACAGGCGGACGGCCGGCAGGGCGUACGGCACGUUCGCCGGUGUGAUCGGCGGCCAGGCCGACGUCUCGGUCAACGGACACUUUCUGAAAGACUACAACUGUUACUUGGCCGAGCUCACCAGACACAUAACCAGCGACAAGGUGUGUCUGCUCACACCCAAGGCCGGCGUCAUCCCGCCGAUGAUGACCGUGUUGAUGAGCUUCCAGAGAGAAGUCUGGAUGAUGACCGCCAUCACGUGCGUACUGGUGACCGCCAUAUACUUCGCGGCCGCGGCGUUGGACACUCACAGGCCCGGACCAACGGGAUCCGACUUGGGGCUGGAGAUCUACAGGAUGUUCAUCGGCGCACCGACCAACCGAGUUUUCGCUCUCUCCUGUCGCAGGAUAUUGACUUCGUUCUGUCUGUUUUUUACCCUUGUCAUCUUGAACGCUUUCCAGGGCUCACUGGUGACGUUCUUGAACACUCCGAUGCACUAUCCCGAUGUCAAUACGUUCACCGACCUGAAACAGUCGGACUUGCCGAUUCGGACGUCCAGCAUCAGCUUCAAGGAAAUACUCACCGGAGACCCAAACUUGAAGUCUCUAGCCUACAGGGUCGAGAAGUGGGAAAAAGAAGUAGACGUACAUAAUUCUGACGGCCAGUUCGCCGGGUUCGAGCGCGUUAACGUCUUCAAUUUGGAACAUUUCAAAGACGUUCUGUUCAUCGCCAACAGGAACAACACUCGCGUACUGCACACAAUGAACGAGUGUCUGAUAUCGUACUUUAUAUCAUACGUAGUUCAUAGGAAUUCGCCGUAUAAAAGAAGAAUAAAUAUCUUGCUGUCGUGGAUCGACCAGGCUGGACUGGUACUCAAGUGGAACGGUGAUGUUUCCAAGUACAUAUUUAAUAAAUACAAGCCAAUCAAUCCCAAAGAUUACGAUACUUCGAAAGUUUUUUCUGUUAGAGAUCUCGAAAUAGCAUUCAUUGUUUUAUCAUUCGGAAUUAUCUUGAGCAUUACUGUAUUUAUCAUUGAAAUGAUGAUUAUGUACAAAGCACCAAAAAUGCGCACACCACACCCUCCUCAUCUUCCAUUCUUACAUUAA